AUUCCUACCCAGAUAUACACACCCGAUUGCCCCAAGUUUGUGAUGUAUCUCAGUUCGAUCAGUGUAUCGUGAAAUUUGUUAGAAUAAGAAUAUAACAUUAAAUGCGCUGAUGCUUAUGUUGACGCUCAAAAAUAUUGGUUGAUCCAGAAUACAAACAAUUACUUAGUGAAUUAUAUCGUGGAAUAGUGUUCUAUUUCGGAAAAUACGAUCAGUGCGUUAGCCGAAAAGUUGAAGACAAUGGCGUCUGACGUUUUGUGUUCGUGUGUAAAUGAUCCGAAUUUUACUAUAAUUUGUAUGUUUAUCGACAAAUUUUCCGAAGCUUGUGGAUUAAAUUCUAUAUCAAUUAAUGAACUAUCCCAAAUGCUAGAAAACACCACAGAAGUGGCACCCCCUCUUGAAGAAAUACACAUCAAAUUGCUAAGAAAAAUAAAGAAAUCUGUUCCCACGCAUAGAUGGGAAAACGCAUUAGCAAAAUUUGCAUACUCAUAUUCCAAUCAAGAUGCGUGGGAGCUCGAACGAUUUGGAUACAAAAAUUCGAGCAUUGCUGUUAAAUUGCGUGUUUUAAAGGCUUUGUUGGAGGCACAAUUCGAUCGGAAUGUUAAAUUCAAGGGACACAUAAACGGAAUCGCUGCAGAGCAACUUCGUUCUGAACCAAUUGGAAGAGAUAAAUUCGGCAAUGCGUAUUGGUGCAUCUUGGACCGUCGGUGUAAUGUCCACAUAUUUUGCGAGAACUUAGACGAUGAAACCUGGAAAGUUGUGGCAAGCAACCGAGAUGAAGUUGUGCAGCUGAUAGAAAAACUGAAGAACAAUGAACUCGUCCUUACUCCAUCGCAAGAUAUUAUAGAUGAAGAUACCAGCAGUAACAGUAAUUUAUCAAAUAUAGAAGGUUAUUCUGCAACGCUAAAGCAAGACGCCAAAGAGAAUUCCUUAAUAAUUGAGAGAAGAGUCUAUAAGAGAGUAGACGAAGUGCUGGAUACAAAAAAACCAGAUGAUAAAUUGGAAUCUGUCAAACCCGAAAUUACUGAACCAAAAUCAAACGAUACAGUGGUUCAAGAAUCGAACAAAGAAGUAGAUGGUAUCAGUAAGAAUAAUGAAUUGGAUGAAGAUUUAAAAAACGAAACAGACACUCUGUUGAGUGAAACUAAAGAAUCGAAUACAUCGAAAGAUGUGUUGGAAGACACUAAGGAUGAGAAAAUUACUCUGAUUAGUAAAAGUGAAGACUCAAACAUUGUAUCGAGUGAAGCUAUCGAGGAACCCGUUCUGCUAGUAAAAGGAGAAGGAUCUGGGGUGGAGUGUGAGGCUCAGCCGAUGUUCAGUGAAGUAAUAGAAGAUCCGAUAUUAUUUGUGUAUGGCCCGGGAAACGGUAUUGAAAAUCAAAUGGGAAAUAUGAAAACUAACGAAGAUUCUAAGGCAGAGGAAACUGCAUCGAAAGAGCUUCACAGAACAGAGAAAAAUGAUCUUCCUCUAAAGAAAAAGAUUAAUAGAAGUUACAACUCAGAUGUCCACCGAACAACCACACUAGAUGAAUGUAAGGAUUUGAAAACUAGCGAGAAGACUGAAAACCAUUCAACUGUGAAAAAAGAGAAUAAACCAGACGAACAUGAUGAAUCGGCAAAAUCAUCUAAACAUUUAGAGUCAGAUUUGACCAAUGCUAAUGCAAUUGAUAAAGAUGUGACGAUGCAAGAUAAUCAGUCGUCAAGAUUAAAGGAAAAUGAAAAGACUUCAGUUGGCACCGCCAGCGUGGAAAAGAAAGUUAAGAGCUUGGAUUCUACUGAUAGUACUGAUGAGACCUCAAGUAGUUCCUAUGAACCAUUAUUACCAAAGGAAAGAAACAAAAAAAGCUUUCAAAGAUGUUCUACACAAAAAGUGAAUGAUAACGACCAACAAAAGCCCACACCUAAAGAAGAACACAAAAACAUUCAAAAAUCGGCGACUAGAACAAACAGCAAGCAGCCUAACACUGAUAAAUCUUCAUCAAUCACGGACAACCAACCAGUAUUACCACAAAAAACUAAAAAAGGAAGAAAGGUCAAGUCUGGUUUAGUGGACGGUUUAGAUAUAUCACAAGUGAUACUGGAUAAGGAAAAUGGCUCACCUCCCAUUCGACAAUCAAGAAGAAUAGCACAGCAAAAAAUCCAAGAAGAAACCAAUAGGCGGUUAAUCGAAGAAAAGAUGUUGCGCCAAAUGAAGGCUGAAGCCAUGAAAAAAAAGAAAGAAAGUAAACAAAAAACUAAAUCAGACGACGAUGAUGAGGACUAUGUAGUAUCGGAUGAAGAUUCGAGGCAUACUGAAUCCAAGGUGAAACUGAAGAAAAAGAAUGAUAAGCCUUGGAUGAAUUCGUCUUCGGAAAGCAGUAGUGAAACUGAACCGGAAGAAGAGUACCCUGAACCAGAACAUUCAGACCUACCGUCUCUGAAAUCAGAUCAUGAGUUUUCACCAGAGUCUGAUCUAGAAGAUGAAAGUGUUAUCCCUAUAAAAAGAGCUAGAACAGCUAGGGUUGAAAAAUUCUCCGAUGACGACAAUGAUUCUAUUGAUUCUGAUGUUGAUCAUUCUUGCCAAAAAUGUGGUAAAUCUGAUCAUCCCGAAUGGAUACUUUUGUGUGAUUCGUGUGACAAAGGAUAUCAUUGUUCAUGUCUUGUACCAGUAUUGUUCAUCAUACCUGAAGGAGAUUGGUUUUGUCCUUUGUGUCAGCAUGAAAAACUUAUAUCUAACUUGCAAUCCAAGCUGCUGCAGUUCGACGAAUAUUAUGAAAAACUGAAAGCCGAAGAAGCUCUACAGAAACAAAUAAUCUUGCAACAAAAUAAACUCGCAUCGGAAAAAGAUAACGGAAAUAGUUCAACAGAUACAGAAACAAUGAAAAAUAAGAAUAAUAGUAGACGUCCUAAAAAACUUCAAAAACGUGGAGGCCAAAGCAGAUCAUCAUCUAGUGGCGAGGACUCUUCUAACAAACACUCGACAGAUGCUUCAGACUCGGACGACGUCCCAAUAUAUAAACUGAGAAGAAGAAACACAUCAAACCUCAGUUAUAAACUAAACGAGUACGAUAAUCUAAUAAAUUCAGCAAUUGAUCGAAGCACACUGGAAUCACCAGAAUCUCCUCCUACUCAUGGUAAAGAUAUCAGGAAUAUAGUUAAAGCAGUCAAAAAAGAAGAAGAGAAGUUAAAUCGACCACACUCAACUUCUCCGGUUCUGGAUGAGAAAAAGAAGCAGAAGAAAAAUCCACUCAAGAAAAAGAAAAAGUUGAACAGUCUCGAUGUGAGCUCAGAAGAGGAUGACGGAUCCGACGAAGAUUUUGCUGAGAACAUAACAUCUUCAGAUGAAGAUGAAAGUUUUUCAAUGACGGAGGAUAGUGAAAGUUCUUUGGAAUUUACGAGGACCAAAAAAUCAAGGGCUGCCGCCAAUAAAAAGAAAGACAGGGAUUUUAUUAAUGAUGAUGAUGACAGUAAUAAUAGUGGUGCUUAUAACAUCCGCAAACGACCUAACAAAUCAAAGAAAAUACUUGACGAUUCAGAUGAAUUCAACGAAGACGAUGAUGUUACUGAAAGUGAAGAAAUUGACAGUGAAGAUUUGUGCAACGACACUGAAACCGAUAGUAGUGACGAUAAUUGGAAAAAAAGAAAAUCAAAAGCCAAAGUUGUUAGUCGUGUGCCAGUCAGAAAUAAUGACAAUACGAAAAAGAAGAAUAAAAAGGCUGAUGAAGAUAAAACUUACAAAAGUGGUAUCAGAAAAAGGCCUGCUCAUUUUGAAUCAGAUUCUGAUUCAUCAAACAAACAGAGUAACCCAGAAGAGUCGAAUAAACGUCGUACGCGAGGUAAAAAGCUUCAUUAUUUGAUAGAUGACGAUUUUGAAAGCUCAGAUGAUGGAAUUACUCCCGGAGUUCAUCGUCCUGAUACACCACCAGAAGAACGAGAAAAAUUCAUUAAAAAACAAGAAGAGAUAAAACGUAUGCUAGCUGAAAAGAAUACGGCCGCUGCCAAAGAGCUGGCCACACCUACGAUCCAAACGCUUCACGUCAAUGAUAAAAAUCACCUUCCGGCACUCUCCACAAUUCCACCUCAAGUCAUAGAAAAUGCAAAAGUUUUGGAUAUAGAUUUCUUAAGAAGCUCGAAACAUUUGGAUUCAGAUGAUUUCGACGAAGACCUUGCCGCCAAUCUACCUGAUCCUGAUGUUGAUGAAGAAGAAUUGGCAAAAAUUAUGGAAGAAGAAGAUUUCGCGCAACAUCAGCUUAAGUUAGACGAUGUUGACAAUGAAAAAGAUCUGGUAGCAGAACAUCAAUUGAAAAAGAAAACAAGGCAUUUUGAUAACAUCGAUCCAGCAAAAAUCACUAAACCAGAUAAGAAACUCGGACAGACCGGCACAGCCGAGAGGAAAGUUGACGCAGUAUGUAGUAAUCUCGUGAACUAUCUUCAGUCCAAGGCAGCACCAAAUGCCGUUCCCUUGAGUAGUAGCGAGGUACCUGUAAAUAAAUUUUCUACCACAAGCCCUAUUUAUCACAGCUUGAAUACUCCAUCGGGAGGAUCGUCAAGCCUACUCCAGCAAAUGAAACAACAAGCAAUUCCUUUGCAAGACCCGCCAAUCCAUUCAACGUCACUUAUUUUGAAUAGUAAAAAACCGUUUCCUUGUACAGUUCCUCCACUUCCUCCAACAUUGUUACCAGUGUCAAGUACUCCACUACCCACAACACCAACAGCUGAAUCAAAAGACAUCGUCGUAGAUGUGAGAAGAAGAAGACGGAAAAAAAUCACUCCACUUAGAGGUGAUCUGUACAAAGCAGCUAUGGACGGCAGACUUCUUGAUCCAAUGAAACAGAUUCAUUAUCCAGGUCCGCCACCUUCCUCAGGAGUGAUACAAACAGAUAAAUUGUUCCCCUACAACUUGCCGAAGCAACCCAGCCCUACUGUUGCACCUACGUUUGUUACCAACAGUACAAAAUCGAGCGACGGCCUGGAAAGGUUUACAAAUUCUUGUCCAUAUACUGUAGCUCCUGGUUAUAACCAAGGGUUCGGAAACACCUCAAGCAGCGUUAAUAUACCCAUAGUUUCUCAACCUGUGGCUAGCACACUAAACGAACACCCUCGUCGAUCAUUUGCAUCACUGGAGCCAGUAAACACUGAAGACACAGUCCCUGAGCAAACAACGGUUGCUGUUGCGAGUACCGAACAGAACCAAAACGAGCCUGAGGGCACAAGCGAGUUUAGUGGUUUAGUCAGUUACUUUAGUUCGCAACAAAAUGAAUUGAAUGCUUAAUAUCUGACCAGAAAAAAGCAGAUUGUUAAAAAAGAAAAUGUGUAUAAACAAAAUUCCUAAGUAUAA